AUGGUGACCGGGCGCGGGCCGGCGCUCUCCGGCCCCGAGCGGGGCGCGCGGGCGGCACUCGGGCGGCGGCCGCGGAACCGGCGGAGGGGCUGCUCGGGUCCUCGUCCCCAGCGCUCCGGGCGGCCCGGACUCGACCAGCUGGCCCGGCGGUCCUCCGCGUCCUGCGGCGGCCCCGGCUGCUGUCAAAUAACUCCGGAGCUUCCCGGAUCCUCCUCCGCCCGCCCUCUCCGCCCUCCCGUCCCCUCCCCCUGCCCCACCUCCGGCGCGGCCGCUGCGCCCCGCUCGCUCGGCUCCGACGCCCGCUCCACCGAGCGGCCGCCGUGGGGUCCAGAGGGGGACAGGGAGCAAAAGGGCUCGUCCGGGGGAGGCCCCACGAGCCCCGCUGGAGGGCUGGCAAAGAAAGCCGUGACAGAUGACAACGAGCACAGUCCGCUGGAGAGGUCCAAGCGGCUGUGGGAACCCGCCGGGCCCCUGAGCGUCCGGCCCGCCAGCUCCUCCAUCCGCCCCUUCGCCCAGGCCGCGGGCCGGCGUCCAGGCCCCCGGGAACCACGGGCAGAACUAGCUCCAAUUCAGCGUGUCGGGGGCUGUGGUGGGGCCCGGCCCCUGAGAAGGCUCACCCACCCGCAGGGCCCCCGCCAGCAGACAGUGGAUGCGAGGGCGGCCGGCUCCAGGCGGGCGCAGGGCUCCUGCUGCGAGCCAUCUGGUCAGGAGUCGGCGCGGGCCCCCAGGACCGGCUCAGCAGCCGCCCUGGUGAACGUGGAUGCCGGGCCUGCUGGGCCAGACGUGAACGGGCUUUGUGUCCCGCCCGGCACAGCGAACGUGCCCAGCAGCGGCCAGCAGCACAGCGCCCCACUGGCCUGCGGCCCGGCAGUGCCAGGGCUGAGCUUGGGGAUGGAGCCACGGGCACUGGCCUUCUGCCCGCCCGGCCUGCCGUCCACCCUGCAGUGCCCCACCCGCCGCGUGCGCCAGGGUUCUGGAACGCUCUAA